UCUUCUAUUGGCUAGUGGGUCAGACGCUAGAGGUAGUCGCGUGAGUCCAAAGCUGCCGAACUUCGUUCAGCUGAGUAUAAUAUCGUUCGGCUUCGCGGGGCACGACCCUCGGCCUCUCCCUCUCCCAAAACGAAAGAAAGACAGGCAGAGCAUCACACGGCUUCACUCCAUUGCAUUGCUGCCAUCCACCAGUGCUGUAAGGUAAGGAUAGAAAGAGAGAGCGCGCUUUGGUUAUUGGUUCUUAGAUAGAGAAGGUGAUUGGAGCGAGGAGAUCUGAUCGAAUUUUGUCUAGACCUUACUCUUCCUGUAAGCCCUAACUAUUGACUCUUCUCUCACCCUCUUUUCUUCGUAUCUAUUUUCGUGUGUUGUUGUUUCUGUUGUUCUGGGUGUAGGGUUUUGAAUUUUGGGGGGGCAAAAAAAGCCCUAAUUCAAUUUGUUCGCUUUUGUAAAAGUGUUUGGGGUGGUGAAAUUAGGGUUUUUUUUUUGUGCUUCUUUGGUUGAGAGCAAAAACCGUAGGGCAGAGGGCUUGCAGGAUUGGGACUUGGUGUUUCAGAAUCUUAGGGCUUUGAAUGUAUGGCUUCGGAGCCCAUAGUUGGAGAUGAAGAUGGUGCUAGAGAGAGGCGGAGGUAUACGGAGAGCAAGGUCUAUACUAGAAAAGCCUUCAAAGGCCUGAAGAAAAACAUCACCAACACCAAUUCCGUGACCACAAGCACCGGCAAGGAUGACAACGGUAGCAACUGUGACAGCAAUAAUGAGAAAGAUAGAGAGAACAAUGAUAAGAACGAGAGUAAAGAGUUGGCCGGGCCUCCAGAGCUGGCAGUGUUAGCAUCGGAGGAUGGAAAUUUGGCUCAGAAACAGCUCAUUUCAAGGCUUGAUGCCGUGUCACACGAAUCUCCAAGCCUCAUCCGGCAAGAGGAACAAGCGGUGGCUGUGCCAGGCACACGGGAUGAGCCAAUGGGGAAUGCGGUGGAAAAGCCAGGGUUGGACAAUAGGGUUAAGAUCCGUUUGGCGUCAAGGUCGAAGCAGGAGACGAGGGAGCUUAGAAGAAAGCUUCAGAGUGACCUGGAUAUGGUCAGGAGUUUGGUGAAGAGGAUUGAAGUUAAGCAGGGGCAGAUUGGUAGGUAUAUUCAUUCUCAUAUAUCGGCGAAUGAUGGUGUCGAUAAUGUUGGCAGUGGAGCCAAGCGGGUUCACUCAGAGGCGGCUUCUAUUGAUGUCAAUCUUCCCCGCGAGGUGAACAGGCCUCUGCACCAGUUGAGCAUGUCAGUGCUGGAUAAUAGUCAGGGUUUGAGUGAAAAUGUUGAGAAAGAGAAGAGGACACCAAAGGCCAACCAGUUUUACAGAAAUUCGGAGUUUUUGCUUGCGAAGGACAAGUUCCCGCCAGCAGAGAGUAACAAGAAGUCAAAAUUGUUUGGGAAGAAGCAUGGCGGGGGAGAAUUGGGACAUGGCUUUUGGAUGGGUACCAAGUUUUACAAGAGUUGCAGUUCUUUGCUCGAGAAAUUGAUGAAGCACAAGCAUGGGUGGGUGUUUAAUGCUCCUGUGGACGUAGAAGGUCUUGGGUUGCAUGAUUAUUUUAGCAUUGUCAAGCAUCCAAUGGACUUGGGUACAGUGAAAUCAAAGCUGAACAAGAAUUGGUACAAAUUUCCAAAGGAAUUUGCAGAGGAUGUUAGACUUACCUUUCACAAUGCUAUGACCUAUAACCCAAAAGGGCAAGAUGUUCAUCUAAUGGCAGAGCAGCUAUUGAAGACGUUUGAAGAAAGAUGGGCUAUAAUAGAAUCUGAUUAUACUCGGGAGAUGAGGUAUGCAAUGGAUUAUGGAACGGGACUUCCUACACCUACAUCGAGAAAUGCUUCUCAAUUCCCACCACCUCCUCUUGAUUUGAGAAGGAUUUUGGAUCGAUCAGAGUCAAUGACAAACCCCAUUGAUCCCAGAUUGAAGCCCAUGAGUACCACUCCUUUGGCUAGGACCCCUGCUCCCAAGAAGCCUAAGGCUAAAGAUCCCCAUAAAAGGGACAUGACUUAUGAUGAAAAACAGAAGCUGAGCACAAACCUUCAGAAUUUACCUUCAGAGAAGCUUGAUGCAAUUGUACAGAUUAUUAAGAAGAGGAAUUCUGCGCUUUGCCAGGAUGAUGAUGAGAUUGAAGUAGACAUUGAUAGUGUAGAUACUGAGACCCUCUGGGAGCUCGAUAGGUUUGUAACCAACUACAAGAAGAGUUUGAGCAAGCACAAGAGAAAAGCUGAACUUGCUAGUCAAGCCAGAGCACAAGCUGAGCAGAAUGUCCAGGAGAAGAUUCAGGCUCCAGUUGUGGCAGAGGUACCAAACGAAAACGCAGCAGAUGAAAGAAAUGUUCCCACUAUGUCACCUGUGCAAGGGGUAAAACGAGUGGACAAUGGGAGUAGGUCGAGUAGUUCAAGCAGCUCUAGCAGCGAUUCUGGAUCCUCUUCAAGUGACUCUGAUAGUGACACUUCAUCAGCAUCUGGAUCUGAUGUUGGAUCACCAAGAACUUGAGCUUAUCCUGUGCAGACUGGUGCAUGGAGCAGUGGCUGAUCAAUUACUGUAUACUGUGAUGAACAAAUAGGCGUGGAAACCUUUGUGGUGGGUUGUUUAAUUUCAGCAUGGGAUGGUAUUUAUGUAAUGUUGGAUUUGAAGGCACUGGAAUGGAUAACGUUGCCCAUCCUAUGGAUCGGCUUGGAGUGCUGAUGUGGAAGUUGGUUCGUAUCAUAUGGAAAAUAAAAUUUCAUCCACUUACGUUAAACUGAGAUUUAUGUUGAGAUUCUCUUUUAAUGAGUAUCAAUGUUCUAGAAAAGACUUUGCCCUUUGGUGUUGAAGAGGCAUCUUAGCUCUAUGUACUGCAUAGGGCAUGGUACUCUUGAUGCUCUGACAAUUGUGGAAGAACAGUGUGUUAGCAAGUAGCCGGCACAAAUGAGACCUGUCUGCAAGGAGACCUGUCUAAGAGAGCUCAACUUAAUUUGUUCUCAUAUAUUUUCUUUUCCUUUAAAGCUGGAAUUCAUGUAUGUGAAUGGAAUUGAAAAGUUGACAGAUUAAUUGUACAGACAAAAGUGAAUUGGUUCAGAUUGAAUGAACCAAUAUCGUGGCUAACAAUAUAUUACGUUGACAAAGGUGGUUAUUUUAAGCAGUUAUUACUUCUUAAAUAAACAGUUAUUACUUAUAAGUUGGCAUUGAUUUGCAUCACAUCUGUUUGAAGAGCCAAUAAAAAAUGGGAAACUUUUGUCAGCUGGUGCAUUUUUAAGUGCUAUCUUGUGAAUAUGCCCCCUUCAGUUAUUGUGGUUGUUUAAACGGUUGGAAGGCAUAGAGGCAGGAUCCUAUAGUUUUCUCAGCUUCCAAUUGAUAAAGAGCGUGGCUAUUUGGUUUUCUAACUACUCAAUGCUUAAGUUUUUUUAUUAAGUAUGCACCUCUUGAUUUUGGUGGGUUACGUGUACCACACAAUUUGCAUACAGAUGGAGUUGACAGUGACAAUAGAUUUGGUCAUCGCUGUCUAAUCUGGGGUUAAUUGUAAAACUUUUGAACCGCGUACCAUUAGUUUUACUGUGCGAUUAGUCUUAUGUUGUUUUUGUUUAUGUUUUAUUUUUUUUCUUGUUUGCCUUCCUCCUCUCCUUUGUCCUAUUGACUUCUGCAGAACUCUUCGUACUCUCCUCUUAUGUAGAUUAUUAUCUUCCACUUCAAACUUUCCUCUUAUGUUGAUCAUCAUCUUCUACUUAGAUACCACUCCAGUGA